AUGGAGAACGCUGUUCAACUGAACAAACGCCUGCCAGGCAACUUGAUUCUCUCUUGGCUCUGCGACUCUGUGUCUCUAGUUUCUACUAACAGGGAGUGACUGCAGGUCAUUCAUACGAGGAAUGUGAUCUGCCUGUCAUGAUGACGGUCUGUUGGCUCCUGGAAGAUAUCUGACGGGAUAAUGUGGAACUGGAUUGCACCUGGUCAUUUCCCUGACUGAAGGGGCACCUCCGGGCCCUGUGGACUCCCACCACCACCACCACCAGGCUUGACAGAGUGGAAUUCCCCUCUCCUCUCUCCUGGCCGAGGCCGGGGGCAGAUGGUCGCUCUCAGACUUUUGAGCAGAACUCAGGAAGGAGAGUGAGAGGAAGGGUGGGAGGGCUGCAGACGGAGAGGAAGAGAAGCGAGGAGUGGACAGAAGGGGAGACAUGCUUCGCUACGGCUCAGGACCAACCGUUUCCACCACCACAACAGAGGAAUCUGCAGAUCCUUCAAGUGAGAGGAGGAUCAGACGUCUCAGGUUGACUCUACAUGCGGGACACAAUGGAGACAACGAGCCAAAAACAGCAAGCUCGGACACAGCUGAGAGAGAGAAAGACGUCAGUGGGGCAUGGAAGAAGAAGAAUGGGCUGAUCCGAAGAGAGAGGCCAGCUGGCAGGGAAUCACCUCAGCAGCACCUCGGAGACACGACCAAUGGGGUGCCAGAGUCCUCGCCGCAGCAUCAUGGGCCCAGAGUGUACGGCGUGGUGCAGAGGACGGGCUCGGACAGACAGCAGGAGGUGAUGGCGCGAGAGUGGACCGUCAAUCACCUUCAUGAUGAGAUGAGGUACAUCAGGGAGGUGAGAGACUCUCUGGAGAAGGUGAGAGAGAGGAUGUACGGUCAGUUCGGAGGAAUGCAGCAAUCAAUGCAGAAGCUUUCACAGGAAAUCAGGGCCUCUAACUCACAUCGGAGGAGUCUGGAGUCAGAGGUCAGGGUCCGGACGACGGCCAUGGAGAGCUUUGAUCAGAUGAACAGCUCCCUCAUAUCUGCCAACAUCAGCCUGCAGUUUCCUUUGCAGAAAUCCCUUCUGGAGAACUGUCAGAACAGAAUGGACAAGAGAGAUGGGGAGAAGAGUUUGCAGAGCACCUUUAACAAAACACAAGAAGAACUCCAAGACAAGGAGAGGGAGCUGGCUGCGGCGCAGGCUGAAAACCAGACGUUGAGACUACAGGUGGAGUCUUCACAGGAGGCCAGUGCUCAGGCGCUGCAGGAGCUCUCAGAAAAGCUACAGAGGGAGUACGAUGAGAAGCUACUGGAGGAACAACGGAAACACAGGGAGGAGAUUGAAAUACUACAGGCCCAACUUGAUGAGUACAUUAAGCGACUGGAGGAAGCAGACAGAAACAUCAGGAAUGCAGAGGCCAUGAUUGCUGAGAGGGACCAGAGGAUCAUUGAACUUGAGCGUCUACUGGACUGUAUGGGAAAGGAAAAGAGUCAACUCCAAAAGAAGCUGCAGGAAUGUGAGCAGCGUCUCCGCUUGAUGCAGCUGACGGACACAACUGAUGGAACUGUAGCCAAAAGGUCCAAAGAGCUGCAGGGAGAAGUAGGGGAUCUCCGUGAGAGAAUCAAACACUUGAACGACAUGGUGUUCUGCCAGCAGAGGAAAGUCAAAGGAAUGAUCGAGGAGGUUGGAUCUCUACGAGCUCAAGUCGCUCAGAAGGACAUGUUCAUCUCAGAGCUUCUGGACAGAAUUGCAAUAGUGGAGUGUGAGAAUAAUGAAUUAGAAGACAAGCUCAAGUAUUUUAUGUCCACACAGAAUAGGCCCCGAGAGGUUUUGGAAACCAGGGAGAUAGGAGUAGGCUGUGAUCUGCUCCCCAGACGUGAAGCACAGAGUCAGGAUGUUGAAAAGCCUCGGUUCGAACCAACUCAUCCCCAUCCCAUACAACUCCCACCCCUCGUUCAGCCUCCAUCACCAGUGAAACCAUCACUUGCACAACCUCUAUCACCCACACAACCUUCAACACCCACACAACUUCUAUCACCUUCACAACCUCUAUCACCCACUGAACCUUCACCACCCACUCAACUUCUAUCACCUUCACAACCUCUAUCACCCACUGAACCUUCAUCACCCACUCAACUUCUAUCACCUUCACAACCUCUAUCGCCCACUCAACUUCCAUCCCCCUUGGAGCUCUCAUCCUCCACACAACCUCUAUCCCCCACACAACCUUUACCCCUUCCUCCCAUUCAGCAUCCAUCCCACUAUCUCACAAUGCCCACCCAACCGAGGACGUUCAAGCCGAGUAACCCUCCGCCCAGCAGGCUGGAGUCUAGUUUACUGAGGUACACUCCUCUCCAAUACAGCCGCAUGCUGAACUCCAGCCCCUCAGUUACGAGUGGGACGUUCCUCUACAGCUCCUCAGCUGAACCCGAGCCCCCUGCGAGCCUGGUCCAGUCUGGGAAAGAUGAGGUGGACGCUGGAGCAAACACAGACACGCCCUCAACUCUGGUGGAACCCACCUCCUCCUCAUCUGGAGCAAGAUUGAAAGUUUAUACACCUUUCAUGAAACUUAUGGAGAUAACGAAAAACAUUAACAUAGAGCAAUCUUAAAACAAAGGCAAUAUUAGAGACAUUUACUCUCUUUCUUUGCCAAGAGUUUCAUUAGAAAAUUGAUCCCACUUACAUUUUUACGGUGACCAUGAUGCUACAAGCAGCAGUAAAAUAGCUACGUUUAUCAUAAAUGAUGAAAACGAAGGAAAACAGCUGCAGGCUUUGUCCAAAAGAAACUAAAUCUGCCCUCCAGCAUCUCUUAAACUGAUGGGAGAGGUGAAGUGUACAUUUUGCUAUUUUACAGGGGUUAUGGCAGCAAAACCAGUGAAAGUCACUGCUCACAGCCAAGAAAUAGUCGACUCCACAGCCCCAACCAAAAGACAAAUUUAGGUUUCUACAGUUUUGGUACUGUGUGGAUGAAAAAGACAGUUUUUCAAAAAUGUGGUGGGUGGAUUUUGAUACCUUUGGACAGAACUUGGAUGAUUAAUCUGUACAUCAUCACUGUAUGGUAAAUAUGUUUCUGUGGUUAAAACUAAGGAUACCACAUUUACAGAUAAGAUAUCGGCAAGAAGAGAGGUUAGUUCUUAAAACGUGGAACACUUCCUUUAAAACUGAUCCGUUCGCUCGACUCACACUUGGUCACACUUGUGUGGGUUUUUCUGUUCUACUCUGACUCUGUGUGCACAUAUCACUGUUAAUUAAAACAAAUGUUGUAGGGUGUAAAUUAUCUAAAGUUCCGUUGAAAAUAUUUUAUAAAUAAUGUACUGAAAGAUUAUAUUUGUUUUGUUUACAGAGAACGUACUUAUGUCGCUCAAUGAUCUGUGAGCAUUCAGUCCCAUAUGAAGUCUGUUGAGGUUAUUGUGUGUAUUUUCGCAUCAUUUUAUAUUGUUUCUGUACAAAUGAAAUGAAUAUUAUUUUAUUAUUGUCACAAUGUGUACAUAAUAUUUAUUAACAUGCUUUGUGCCUUUGUGAACAGUCUACUUAUCUGACACUGGUGGUGGAAAUGAAUUUCAAUUGGCAGCAGGAUAAUAUAAUAAUAGUACAUUUGUGUAGUGAUGAUGAAACUGUUCAGUUACUUUCUAUAACCUUAAUGAGGUGACUGCCAUUCCUGAGCCACUGGCACGAGUGUUAUCCAGCUGUUGUCUGCACUGCCACGACUGUGAUCUGAAAAUACUUUAUGAUGUGCCUUUUCCCUUAACGCUACAUAUCAAACUACAAAAACAGGCCAGCAAAUGUUUGGCAAAUAAAGACUAUACUGUACAACUGGUUCAUCCUUCA